AAUCGCGGCGGUGCGAGCUGCGAGUCGUACCUAGGUACGCGUUCACCUUGAUAAUGUUCAAAUCUUGACAUACUUGCUAUUAGGACAAAUCCAUACAGUAUUUAUUUAUUUACGGAAGCAAACGUGUCUGAACGUACUUUAGAACCGACCUUAAAAUCUAAGUGAAAAAGUUUGUUGGUUACAACAAUGGAUUUGAGUGUGGAGGAGGUCGCGGAGAAUCUCUUCAGCGCCGAGGCGUAUGAGACUCCGUCGGAUUCUGUGAAAGCUGAAGACCUGGUGAUGAAGCUGCCCGACUGGUUCGAUAAACAGAAACAUGAACAAGGACGUCAAUUCAUCAAAAACUUCUUGUUCGGGCAGUCUAUAUCUAUGAUUCUGGGACUUAUAUCAGUAUUCUCGAUUCCAACAAUUCUGGAAGUAUUGGUGGGCACAAACCGAUCCAACUCAGAGGUUACAGCUUACAGACGCUAUUGGUCUACAUUUUUACACAUUAUGACUUGGUUCGAUUAUGAACUGAAGCCAGGGAGCAAAUCAUGGAAAUCACUUCACACAGUCCGCAGCCGACAUGCCCGCGCUGACCGAGUAGCAAAAUUAAAGCGCCAGGGAACUGUAUCCCAACGGGAUAUCUCCUUAACUCUAUUUGGGUUUGUUGGUGCCACGAUCCUGAAACCUGAGAAGCUGGGAAUAAUGCAACAGAAGCCGGGAGAUUGGGAGGCAUUUAAUCAUUUUUGGAGCGUCCUUGGGGCGAUGAUUGGCUUGGAAGAUAAGUACAACAUUUGCCGGAAAACCUUUGAAGAAACGCGUAAGAUGUGCGAAAUAAUCCAGCAGCGUGUAUACACACCUUGCAUGGAAAAUGUUCCAGAAUAUUUCGAGCACUCCUCCCGGGUCAUGCUUGAUGGAAUGUAUGCUAUGCACCCAGCUAUAGAAGCGGAAUCCCUUAUAUUCUUGGCUCGAUAUGUUUCUGAUGUUCCCGGCUAUGUUUAUACUGAGCAAGACCUCUUUGCACUCAGAGAAAAAAUAAAGAAGCAUCUUGCUGGAAAGCCAUCUAAUACGGGUGUCGAUUCAGAAGAGUUAAUGGGAAAAUGUCCUUUAAAACUGGCAAAAAGACCCCCUCGUCUAUUGUACCUGCAGGACUAUGAGACCGUUGAAAAUUCCCCACCCUACAAACAACUUUCCUUCAAGGCGAAAUAUAAACUGGCCCUCAUGAGCGUAGUCGUGAGCUUUUACUCGACUUUCAUAGGCAGAGCUCUUUUAAACUUCCAAUUUAAUUUCUAUAUAUUCAUGGGCAAAUAUUUGCCAUAUGUUGUAAUGUGGAGGUAUGGACUUUCGCACGCAUACUCCGACAUGUUCAAAGAAGAUCCAACUGACUCAACACCUCCUGUGCCUAAUAGUGAAUAUUAUAAACCUCGAAAGGAAGAAACAUGGUACGAAGCUCUAUUAAGUAUACUGUGGUGAUAGUAAUUGUCUCUUUUCACUAUUGACUAUUUUAAUAAACUUUUUUAUUUGACCUUUGUAUAGUGCCACAAACACAGGCCACAAACAUACCUGACCCGGUGACGGUGUCACUGAUGUCGAUUUUUUUUUAUACAAACAAAAUAUUCCGUAUGAAAAGUCCAAGGAAAAGUCUAUGAAAAUGUGACAUUUCAAAAUGGCGGCACGUAGUUCCAGUUUUUGCCACCGGGUCAGUUAAGUUUGUGGCACUAUAAUAAACAUUUUUAAGUCAAUUAAGUUGAAAAUUAAUAUUUUAUUAAGCGUGCAUAUGUUUAAAUAUAGAAAUACACCACAGACUAUUUUUUAAAACGUAUGAGAGCGAUUGUAACAAUACGUAAUAACAUCAUUGAGAUAAUAUUACUACGUAUGGAGGAGACACCACGAACAAAAUCUGUGCUCCAUUUUUUUGCUCUAAGUUUUAAAAAUUAUUAUAAGUAGUUACU